GCCGCCGCGCCGCGCAGGCGCCGUGGCCACUUCCGGGAACUGUCAGCCGCUCCCUCUGGGCCUCGGUCCUCCGCCCGCGCCCGCCGGAGCCUGUUCGCGUCGACUGACCAGAGUCCGCGAAUUCAACGCUCCGAGCCCGUCCGGACGGCCCCGAUCCCAGCUUCUAUCCUUUGAAAACACUAAGAAUAAUGUCCCUGCAUCAGUUUUUACUGGAGCCAAUCACCUGUCAUGCCUGGAACAGGGAUCGUACCCAGAUCGCCCUUAGCCCCAAUAAUCAUGAGGUCCACAUCUAUAAGAAGAACGGGGGCCAGUGGGUGAAGGCCCAUGAACUCAAGGAACACAAUGGACACAUCACAGGUAUCGACUGGGCUCCCAAGAGUGACCGCAUCGUCACUUGCGGGGCCGACCGCAACGCCUACGUCUGGAGUCAGAAGGAUGGCGUCUGGAAGCCAACCCUGGUGAUCCUGAGAAUUAACCGGGCGGCCACUUUCGUCAAGUGGUCCCCGCUAGAGAACAAGUUUGCUGUGGGCAGCGGAGCACGACUCAUUUCCGUCUGUUACUUUGAGUCUGAAAAUGACUGGUGGGUGAGCAAGCACAUUAAAAAGCCCAUCCGCUCCACGGUCCUCAGCUUGGAUUGGCAUCCCAACAACGUCUUGCUGGCCGCGGGAUCCUGCGACUUCAAGUGCAGAGUAUUUUCUGCCUACAUUAAAGAAGUGGAUGAGAAGCCAGCCAGCACGCCCUGGGGCAGCAAGAUGCCUUUCGGUCAGCUGAUGUCCGAGUUCGGGGGCAGCGGCACUGGCGGCUGGGUGCAUGGGGUCAGCUUCUCGGCCAGCGGCAGCCGCCUGGCCUGGGUCAGCCACGACAGCACCGUGUCCGUUGCCGACGCCUCCAAAAGCGUGCAGGUCUCAACUCUGAAGACAGAGUUCCUGCCCCUCCUGAGUGUGUCGUUCGUCUCAGAGAACAGCGUCGUGGCUGCUGGCCAUGAUUGCUGCCCCAUGCUCUUUAACUACGACGACCGUGGCUGCUUGACCUUCGUCUCCAAGCUGGACAUCCCCAAACAGAGCAUCCAGCGCAACAUGUCGGCCAUGGAGCGCUUCCGCAACAUGGACAAGCGGGCCACGACCGAGGACCGCAACACGGCCCUGGAGACGCUGCACCAGAACAGCAUUACUCAAGUGUCUAUUUACGAGGUGGACAAGCAAGAUUGUCGCAAAUUUUGCACUACCGGCAUUGACGGAGCCAUGACCAUUUGGGAUUUCAAGACCUUAGAGUCUUCCAUCCAGGGUCUUCGGAUAAUGUGAAGCUGAGCGAGCCUCCAGACCCAGCAUGAGGACGGACCGGCUGCGCUGGGGCAGCGCUGCCAUUCGCACCGGGAGGGGAGCCCGCCGCCAGGAAACACUGAAGAUGCACGUGGCGCAAACCUCGUUGUGUGUUUUGUUUGAAUAUAAUUGGUGAAAGUGUUGGUUUUUUAAAAGCAGCAGUGAUUUGGGUUUUGUUUGGGGGGUUGUUUUUGUUUUGUUUUGCAAUUUCAUUCCAUUCUUGACCAAAGCUUCUCUUUAAGUAGUUUAUUAUGGAACGUUGUCAACACUAACUUAAAGGAAGGGAUGGGGAGGUAUGUAAAUUGUCUGCUAAAAAAAAAAAUAAAAACACUGAAUAUGUU